UUUUCUCUUUGUGUAUAAAUGUUGUUUUCUAUUUCCUUGUAUUUUAUAUUGUUUCAUAUUGCAUUUGCUAUCACAAAAAUACCUUUUACAGACCCAAAUAUUCAAUAUAUUGGAAGAUGGCAGUCAACUUCAAAUGACAUUCAGAGUGGUUGGCCAGGCGCUUAUUUUAAAGUCGUCCUCAAAGGCACAUAUACUGUCAAAGUACAACUAUCGAAGCCUGCCAACGUACUUAUACAGAUAGACGACGGUCCAAGCUCAUUCUUUGGAAAUACAACACCAACUAUAGACCUAAUCCCUUUCCCUGACAAUGAACAACACCAAGUGCUCGUAGUGGCUACUGAAGUCAUCAGUUUACAGUCUAUUCUUAUAGAAGAUACAGGCCAAACUAUACCAUUUAUAUCCAAAGGUAUAGUCGAAUUUGUUGGUCAUGAUCUCAUCUUGGGCACAGAAACCAGUCGUGGCCCUUUAAGCAGUUUUGCAUGGAUAACAAGUGAUAUGAUUGACAUGGAUCACAUCCAUAUAGCUUACUCAGGUGCUACUUUAAUCAACGGACUAUCUACAAGGUAUUUUGACAUGUGGCCACCACAACAGAUGAAACAACAACAACAUACUUCAACAAAGCCUUGCGCGGUAGUUGUAUUAUUAGGCACCAACGAUAAGCAUAAAGGAUACGCUUCUCCGGAUUACCGUGAUACACUCACUUCAUUUCUCACUCGAGUCCGCCAAAGAUUAUCGAAUCCUGAUGUGCCCAUCUUUGUGCUUUCCGAACCGCUCGGAGACAUGUUCCGUCCAUCACAGCAAGCAGUUGUAUCGCUCAAUCGUCAAGGAGAGCUACAUACCUACUUUAUAGAUACAACAGGUUGGGUGCGACAUGGACCCAGUUUAUAUAAUGAAAAGGGGUAUUUGAACGAUGCUGGUCAUGAACUGUUUGCCAAAAGACUCUCACCUUUUCUGGAAGCUAAAAUAAACGAUCCAAGACAGCCACUGCCUGGACCAGCACCGAAUCCAAACCUACCAGGAGACUGGCAAACUAUGGACGUUGGUGAUGAAAUACGAAUUGGACUCCCUGGAACUGUUUCAGCCGAUUCUUCAACCACUUUUACUCUCUGGGGCUCUGGUGCUGACAUUGACGAUACCAGUGAUGCCUUUCGAUUCAUGUACCAGCCUUUCUCGGGCUCUGGUACACUCGAGAGUACCAUUCGGUCCCAUUCGACGUUUGCCAAAUGUGCCAAGGCUGGCAUCAUGAUCCGUGAGCACCUGGGCUCUGGCUCUCCAUUGAUUAUGCUCGGCAUCUCACCUGCGGAUGGUGUAUUUGUACAAGUGCGAUACCGCAAUUUUGGACCGACCAAGAUAAUCAAGACCAUGAAGGCCACGCCUCCAUACCGCCUUCGCCUGACACGUCAAAGUGAAGAUCUCUUUGAAGCUCAUAUUCAACACAUUGACCUUUUAGGGGUAAAGACAGAAUGGGAACCUUUUGCUUCUAUUGCCGUCACCAUGUCCAAGGACGUGUAUGCAGGCUUGGCUGUCACCAGCUGUGAUACAACUGUUGUCAGCGUCGCCAAGUUUACUGAUGUCACUCUUUACCAUAGUAGCAGCCUCACAAGUAUACCAAAGCUUGUGAAUCAACAAGCAUAAAAAGAACAAACAAAUAUCCAGUGUAUUAUAGAAAAAAAAAGAAAGAAAAAAGCGA